AUGGCCAGAAGAAGUCUUGAUGCAUGUCAAUGCGAGGUGAAGGUUGUAUGCGAGAGAAUGUGUUUGGAUGUUUUGGCAGUGUGGGCGGGUUCAGGCAAAUGGGGUAAAGCUAGAUAUUGGCUUUCAGAAGCCUCCGGUAUUUGGAUGGUGAGAAGGUUGAAUAUUAGAGGGGGAGUUUCAUUUCCAGAGGAUAAAGAGCUUCAAAUAAUGGAUUCAUGGAUGCCCGUGACACCAGAGAAGCCAAUUCCAACAAGAUCUAAUCCGAUCCCGGUCAACUGGGAUGGGAACCCAAUGGGGAGAGCAAAUUGGCAGGAAGUAAUUGAAUUCUCAAAUGGGUAUGCAGAGGAGAUGCCAAAUUACAAUGGGUUGAGGCGAAAUUCGAACCUGACAGGGCAGGUGGUUCAGAAAGAAGGGUACAAUGGCUAUGAUGCAGGAUUGGCUCAGAAGAACAGGAUGAUCAAUCACAUUGCAGGGUCUCACACUCAGACCUUACACAGUGACAACUCAGGUUGGAAGAAUGAUACAUUUGCACAACUGCUACUAAUGCAGAAUGCCACCCUCACAACCACUGCAAACAGGGACCCGAACGGAAGCCAAAACAUGGCAGCAAAUAGUCCCUUGAUGCCAAAUUCGCAUUUGCAGUCUCAUGUUGAUUGCAGCCAGAGAGAUUCGACCACCUCUGAUGGUCUGUUGUUCAACAACCAGAAUCACUAUGCAGGCUUUGACCCUUCGAGUAAUUUGGCAAAUAGGCCUCUGAUUCUGGAAAUGCAUUCUCGAGUUGACAGCAAUCUAAGAGAGAACCCUGCAAGUUUGUUUUUCAGCAACCAAAAUCACUACUCGGGUUCAAACUCAUCGGACUACAGUGACAACUAUACCCAGAUACCCAACUAUGGAUUCCCCAUACCUUAUGAACCGCACUGGGAUCUAAAUUCCGCAGCAGCAGAAAUAAAUGCUGCCUCAAGUGUUACCAACACACUCCAGUUCGCACCAAUAACACCAGAUCGGGUCAAGAAGCUAGAGAACAACCAGUAUUCUGCAACACCGAACAUAAUAAGAAACGAAAGCUCAAGUGAGGCAAGGGACAAUGAUACUUCACUUACAUCAUUAGGAAACAAGUCAACUCUGGACCUGAGUGAUGAACUUUUACAGAGCAUUGUAAACUCAUCUCCUGCUGCCAAUAAUACACUACACAAAGAAAAUAAAGAUUCUGAGAAGGGAAGUAUUCCUGGCUUGAAUCUGAACGAGACACCCCAGCAGAAACCACCAAGACGAAGAAAACACAGGCCCAAGGUAAUAAGGGAAGGCAAGCCCAAAAGGACUCCAAAGCCUAAAACUCCAAAAAAUACCAAGGAGGCCCAGACAACAAAGAGGAAGUACGUGCGCAAGAAUAUUCAGAAAGAAUCAGCACCUGAACUGGCUGAUGCUUCAAGGGAGAUGGUCAAGGCCAACGGCAAAACAGCUGCAAAAUCUUGCCGGAGAGCACUAAAUUUUGAUGUGGAGAAGAUUGUUGAUGAAAGCCAGGAAUUAGCAGUUGGUCAGCAGGAGUUGCCUCAUUGGAAUAAAGGGGCCUUUAGUUUGAGUUCAGACUCUCGAGCCACAGAAUUGUGCCCUGGAACUUACAGUGUUUCUGGAACAAAGUCUGUUGUGCAGAUUGAACAGUGGACGGGCUUAAUGGAAGAACAGCAGCAAUCUGGAAACAUAAAUGAUCUAAUCCAUUCCACAAGUCAAUUGCAAACUAACUAUGUACCACUGCAACAAAGGCAAGCAGCUGCAGCGUCAUUAGCUCCAGAGAAAGACUGGUCCGUAGAAGAUCCACAUGUGAUAGGGAGAAAUAUAGAUGAGAGAUAUUCUGACCCUUUCCAAAACAGCUGUAGCAAUGGAUGGAAUCCCAUAUCACAACAAAUCCAUGCUGAAGGAAUAGACAAAGUAGUCUUUCAAGCAAACUCUAAUUAUGAUAGCAUGGAGAAAGAAUUGUCUAGGAAUACAACCCAAUCAGUUCCAAAGUUUCCAUCUAAUUCCAGUGCAGCAAGAGGGUCCAAGAGAGAGCAUUUUCAUAUUAUCGAGGGCACAAAUCCCAAUAUCCAAUAUCCAGUCAUUUCAAUGUUGUACCAAGAGAUCCAAACGGAUGAAUGUUGCAAAAAGGGCCAAGUUCUUGGCAGAGGUUUAUCAGAAACUUACAAAAAAAAGAAAACUGUGAGUGGACUCCAUACAAACAUCUCUGGAAUGCCUUGCGUAACAGAAGUUGAAGAUGGUUCGGGAAAAGCUAAAACAAAACAAAUGAAUGAUAACAGUGUAAAUGGGCUUACAGAAACAACAAACCAUGACAUAUCGAACUUUUACUUCAAAAGUCCUAAAAUUGCUGAGAGGCAAAGUGAGGCCAACAAAUUUACCUCUGAGAGGUGCAACCACUCUAUGACUGCAGGACAGAAUUUGCUGAUGCAAGAGAUUUCGUCUGAUCUGCGUUCACAUGCAGAAGUGACGAAAGAGACCAGCAGAUUAACUUCAGUCCAUGGCUAUCCCUCCCUAGCUGCAAUUGAGGAUUGUUACAUGCUCCAACCAUCUCCUCCCAAACAAGUCCCCAAAUCGGAGAACCAGGUACUUCAAACUUCCCAUGUUCCUUCAACAAAGCAUAUCAUGGGACCCAUUCCAUCAAGAUCAGUUUCAGCUAGAAGAAAUAAAGUUCCAAAAAGCGACGAUGCCUUGUAUGCUUAUCAGAAAUCCCCAGCAAAACCAAGAGGUCGUCCACCAAAAAAAAGGAUAUAUGCUAUUCCCAUAGAUGAGAUCAUAUAUCGAUUGAAGAGUCUAGAUCUCAAUGAGAGGAGCACUGAAUUGGCCAGGGACAAGCAAAAUGCAGUUGUCCUAUACAAAGGAUACGGUGCACUUGUUCCAUACCCAGGGUUUGAACUGAUAAAGAAACGUAAACCACGACCUAAAGUAGACCUUGACCCAGAAACAAAUAGAAUUUGGAACCUUUUGAUGCAUACAGAAGGAAGCAAAGACUUUGAAGGAACUGACAAGGAAAAGGAGAAAUGGUGGGAAGAGGAAAGAAAGGUUUUUCGUGGUCGAACUGAUUCAUUUAUUGCAAGAAUGCACCUCAUUCAAGGAGAUAGACGCUUCUCACGAUGGAAAGGAUCUGUUGUUGACUCGGUGAUAGGAGUCUUCCUAACCCAAAAUGUUUCAGACCAUCUUUCAAGCUCUGCUUUCAUGUCUUUGGCCGCACGAUUUCCUCUUCAUUCAAUGAGCAACAGAACAUGUUAUAAUAGUGGGACAAGCACACUGUCAGAGGAAUCAGAAGUCUGUAUAAAUCAUCAGGAUGACACCAUUGGAUGGCAAGAAAAAGUUCCAAGUCAACCUAUCUUCAGUUAUAGCUCUAUGACUCACCUUGGAUCAACAGAGCAUCAAAGAGACAGUGAAACUACAGGAAGAGAGAGGAGCAUAGUGGACGCACAUAGUCAGAGCAUGGGGGAAGACGUCAUAUCAUCACAAGAUUCUUUUGAUUCCUUAAACGUACAGGGCCCUGGAGGACCAAGAUCCAGCUCAGGCUCCAAUUCAGAAGAGGAAGAUUUUAUAACUGGCUGCAGACCAAGUGAGAUUCACUUUCCAACUUUAACAAAUCUUCUACAGAUGGAGAAAACCACAUUCAAGGAAUUUUACAGCCAAAAUACCUGUUCACUAGCGGAUGAGGGAUCCAGGCAAGCGCACAAGCAAUCUAAAAAUAUUGAGCAUACCCAGAAAAAAAAAAGAUUGGACAGAGCAGAUGAUUUCAAUGGCCCUUAUGCAUUUACUUAUCCUUCAUGCGACUACCAUUUGCACAUAAACCCAGAAUUUAGAAUUGCUGAAGUAGAGAAUUUUAAAGCAUUUAGUGAAGAAAGCAUAUCUCCUUUGCCUUCAAUUGAUGUCAGAUUCACAAAGAUGAAAGAUGAAAAUGGCAAUGGCUUUAGGACUGAAGGAUGGGCAGGAAGUGAAGGUGGAAGAACAGUACAACAGAAUGAACUACUAUGUUCUCAAGAAACACAAAGAAUGGGCCCCUCUAUACCAUUAAGCAACCACUCAGUACACCAGGAAAGCAUUUCUAAACCAGGUCCUCACACUGUUUAUGAUUUAUCAUCCUGCCACAAUCAUCAACUGGAAAUGAACAAAUUCCUCCGAUUGGAAAGCCCAUCUGUGGCAGAACCUGUAAAACUUGCAGAAGCACUGGCUAAAAGGCAGAAUAACGCCACACAGCAAAUUCCAAGUGUCCCUAAAGUCACAGAGAAUGCUGGAGAAAGAAUCUCAGUAGAAAAUAAGCAAAUGCAAAUGCACUUGGAAAAUAGAUUUAUCAAACCAAAUUCAAAUGAGCAAGCUUAUUCUUUUGGUCAUGCUUAUGAUAAGACAAGUUCAAAAAUUUCAAAAGCCAAAAAAGGAAGGACAGAGAGUGACAAAACGAGUGCAGUUGACUGGGACAGUUUAAGAAAGCAAGUACAUGCCAGUAGUAGAAACAUAGAAAGAAGCAAAGAUACGCAGGAUUCACUGGACUAUGAAGCAAUAAGACUUGCAAAUGUUGCUGAGAUUUCUAAGGCAAUAAAGGAACGAGGGAUGAAUAACAUGCUAGCAGAACGAAUCAAGGAUUUCCUGAACCGACUGGUUAGAGAACAUGGAAGCAUGGAUUUGGAAUGGUUAAGAGAUGUUCCCCCUGAUAAAGCAAAGGAUUAUCUAUUAAGCAUACGCGGACUUGGGCUGAAAAGUGUGGAGUGUGUGCGGCUUUUAACGCUCCAUCAUCUAGCUUUUCCAGUGGACACAAAUGUUGGAAGGAUAGCAGUUCGGCUGGGAUGGGUCCCCCUUCAACCCCUGCCCGAGUCACUUCAGUUACACCUCCUAGAAUUGUAUCCGGUGCUGGAGACUAUUCAGAAAUAUCUCUGGCCAAGAUUAUGCAAUCUCGAUCAACGAACAUUGUAUGAGCUACACUAUCAAUUGAUUACAUUCGGAAAGGUCUUCUGCACAAAAAGUAAACCAAAUUGCAAUGCAUGUCCAAUGAGAGGAGAGUGCAGACACUUUGCAAGUGCUUUUGCAAGCGCAAGACUUGCACUGCCAGGGCCCGAAGAAAAGAGUAUUGUGGACUCAACUGUUCCCAUUCCAGAUGAGAGAAAUCCAGCCAUAAUUAUCAACACCCUGUCACUCCUUCCACCUGAGAACAACUCACUCAAAGGAACAGAAUAUGAAAGUCGAAAGUGUGAACCCAUCAUUGAAGAACCAGCAACCCCAGAACAAGAAUGCACGGAGAUCUCGGAAAGCGACAUUGAGGACACAUUUUAUGAGGAUCCUGAUGAGAUUCCCACCAUCAAACUCAACAUUGAAGAGUUCACUGUAAAUCUACAAAACUACAUGCAAGAGAAGAUGGAACUCGAAGAAUGUGACAUGUCAAAGGCUUUGGUUGCCUUAAAACCAGAAGUGGCUUCUAUACCUACAGCUAAACUGAAGAAUGUGAGUCGGCUACGAACAGAACACCAAGUGUAUGAACUUCCAGAUUCACAUCCGCUCUUGGAAGGGAUGGACAGACGAGAACCUGAUGAUCCAAGCCCAUAUCUUCUUGCUAUAUGGACACCAGGCGAAACAGCAAAUUCAAUUCAACCACCAGAAACAAGAUGUGGUUCCCAAGAGCCUAACAAAUUGUGCAAUGAGAAGACAUGCUUCUCAUGCAACAGUGAAAGAGAAGCUAAUGAACAAACGGUCAGAGGGACAUUACUGAUACCAUGUAGAACAGCAAUGAGAGGGAGCUUUCCUCUCAAUGGUACAUACUUUCAAGUUAAUGAGGUAUUUGCAGACCAUGAAUCUAGCUUGAACCCAAUCGAUGUUCCAAGAGCAUGGAUAUGGAAUUUGCGAAGAAGGACUGUCUACUUUGGAACCUCUGUAACAACAAUAUUCAAAGGCCUAUCAACCGAGGGAAUUCAAUUAUGCUUUUGGAGAGGAUUUGUCUGUGUGAGGGGAUUUGACCAGAAAACACGGGCACCCCGGCCUCUAAUGGCCAGAUUGCACUUCCCUGCAAGUAAGUUGGUCAAGUCAAAAACUAAGAACCAGAGAUAAACAGGAUAUGAUACAGAAAGGAUCUCUAGCAGAAGGUACAAACCAAGGCUGCUGAUACCAAAAAAAAAAAAUGCUGACCAGGUGAUAAGGAAGAUCAUUUACUAACAGAUUGCUGUCGGUUCAAUUAAAAUUCUUCUAACAUGUUAUGCAUCACUACCUGAUAGACAGGGAAUAGGGCAACCCAUGACAAGAGGAAUGCAGUUUGUAAACAAUUGAAAUUAUGAUCAUUAUAUCAUUCUUGCUCGUGAAAGAGCCAUUCUUAUAAAAUUGGCCACUGUCACUCUAGACACAUGUUAUGUGACACCAUUCCGCUUUUAGUAAUCAAUAAAAUGAUGCAUCGUUGGAUGUAA